UGUGGUGAGAUUCCUCCGUUGCUGUGUUUGUCCUAGGAAAUCACAUGGAAACAUCAUGCUUGUGGCUGCUGUACGAGGGACACUUUCCCCACACUUGCCUAAAAUUUCUGGCGCCUUACCAGCAGGUUUUUUUUUUAAGAGUGGGAAUUGCCGUGUGACAGCUUUGCACAGUGACAAGCCUCCUCACACAGACAGAAGGGGAGAGAGAGAGAGGGAGUGUAUGUGUCUAGUGUGAAUCCAGAACAACUGCCUGUAAAUAUAGAAGUCGGCUGUGGGCGUUUUGAUUUUGAAGGAAACCUGAGCUCUCCAAAUACCGACCGGACUUGGUUCCAGCAGCUUCAUUGAGAAGGAGGCUGGAGAGAGGGCGCUUGGCCGAGGCCAGCCAUGGAGGCGGAGGGGCUUCUGCCCAGAGGAAGAAGAAGGAUGAAGGCUCGUGCCCCUCCUCCACCAAAUCAUCCUCCCGCUCCCUGUAAAGUUAACAAUGAACACAGUUCAGCAACAGACCUGGAAACGUUGUCUGUAAACAUGAAGCAAAAUCUGAUUAGCAGGACAGUAGACUUCACAAUAGUUUUUCCAGAUGGAGAAGAACAGAAAGAUAAUGUACCUGGAAGUAAAGCUGUGAUGGACCUGUUAGUUGACCUGUGCAGCCGACACCACUUGAAUCCAGCCCACCACAUUCUUGAGCUGCAAUCUUGGGGGACCCAACACCCUUUGAAUUACAAACCAAAUACUAUGAUAGGGAUACUGGAUGUACAGAAGAUAGUUUUGAAGGAGAAGAUUCCAGAGGAAAAGACCAAGCAGCCACCAUCUAAGAUUCCUGAGAAAACUGUGAGGUUGGUAGUAAAUUAUCUCAAGACACAAAAGGCAGUAGUUCGAGUGAGUCCUGAGGUACCUCUCUACUGCAUAAUCCCAGCCAUUUGUGAAAAGUGUGACUUCAGUCAGGAACACCUUGUCCUCUUGAGGGACACCUUCACUGGAGAGGAAUUGGAACUUACACAGUCAUUGAAUGAACUGGGGAUAAAGGAGCUCUAUGCGUGGGACAGGAAAAGAGUUCUGCCAUCAAGAGCUCAGUCUGAACCUUCUCUGAACUAUAGAGAAGCAAGAAAUUUUUCAUCAACUUGUGAAGCAACAGAAAAAGGAAAAAUGAAAUUUCUGGGAUUUUUCAAGACUAAUAAAAGAAAUAAUAAGUCAGUUACCACAGUUCCACAUUCUUCUUCAGUGAAUCCAUGUUCUGUUCUAUCGGGACCAUCACUGUCUCUUGGGAACAUCUCAGGAAUGACUGGAAGCAGUGAAAUAAAAAAGCGGAGAGCACCUCCUCCACCAGCAAUACUUUCUCAUUUGCUGAAUGUGGAGACAAAUGGAGAAGAAAACAUUCUAAGUCAAAUGUUUCAAGGCUCAUCACAAAAUGUUUUACAGAAGAAAAAAAGACGUGCUCCUCCCCCACCAAUUCCUACUAUGCCAAAUAGGAUGGAAGAAAUAGGAGACAAGAGGAAAAGCACAGUUGGUAAUGGAUGGCAUGUACCACAGAAGCCUCCUAUAGGCAACACGCGUGGUCCACCCCAGUUAGUGAUUCCCCCACCCCCACCAUACCCUCCUCCUGACAGAGAUACUAUGGAAUCAAGUGUACACUACAGUGAAGCAGAAGUUUCAGACCCAACCAAGCUGGUACCUAAACGCAACCUACAGGUUUUGCAUGAUAUUUACAACAUGGACAACAUCAUUCUGGAGCUCUCAGAAAUAGAGGAGUCCAUCUCUGUUACCAGCUGUUUUGCCUCAGAGGACACAACAGAAGAUUCAGGUGUAAUGAGUUCACCGUCUGAUAAGUUAUCAUUGAAUUCUCAAAAUGACAGUAUGAGUUCAAGAAGCAAGUCUGUUGAUGCCCAGGAAGGCCUGGUUGAAAUGGUUCCUAUGGCUCUUGAAGAGGACUGCAGUACAGAGGUUCUUUCUUUCAACAGUGAUGAAUCUAGGAACAUUUACCAAAGAAACAGGGAUAGCACCAAAAUAAUGGAAGCGAAGAUUGAGGAUUCAGAUAUAUUUAUUGCUGCUCAGCUGCAAGACACCUUGGCUGCUUUGGAUAAAGACCUAGCAGCAAUGGAAGAUAUGAAUGAAAAUUCAGAAAAUGGAUCUUUGUCUAGUGCACCCACCCCUUUUCCACAAACGGCUGAGGCUACUCUAGAUGUUUCACUUCCUGUGCCAGUGACAAUCAUAGAUCAUGUUCCAGACAUUGAUAUAAAGAUCCAGCGUAGCAGUGAAGAAGAAAAAUGUUUGUUUUCCAAGCGAGGGAUUAAUGAAAAGAUACCAGUUCAACCUAUUUGCCUUGGUGAGCAGAUCAAUGAAAAUAAUAACAGUGGAUCUUUCACUGAGGGAUAUGUAGAUUAUGUAUCUCCCUGUUUAUGUGAGAAUUUAUUGUCACAACAGUUUCUUAAGGAAAAGGUUAGACACCAAUCUAAAGAAGAGCAGACAUAUGAAUCUGAUACCUAUGUAUCCUCAUAUAAAAAGAAAAAGAAGGAUGCAUACCAUGACAUUCAUUCUGAAGAAUCGAAAGCUAAGGUGUUUGCUUCUAGCCUUGAGUUUAUGAACAAAGUUUAUGAACAAAGAUUAAAGAAGGAAGUAAAGCACUUGAAAAAGGAGAAUAAGGAAGAACUUCCAAGCAAACUGAAAACUGAACUGGAAUUUAGGCACAGAUCAGAAAAAAACCUCAGCAAGAAAGAAGGUUCUCCAUUGCCACACCUAGUUCACCAGCAGGUUCCCCAGUGCCAUCGUGUUCACAAUAGAGUUACAAACUAUGACCCUAAAAAUGGCCUGACAACUUUUAAAAUUGUUCCUCCCAAGCCUGCAGUAAAAUAUUUUGACAGAGAUACAUCCCUUUUUACUGGUGUCAUUAAAAUAGAUGAGUUAGGCAACUUGGUUACUCCAAAUUCUGGUGGUAUUGGAAAGAUCACAGGAAAUAAGAAUUCAAGUGAAACAGAGGAUAGAGCCAAAGCAUACUGGAAGUCAAAUUCUGUGGAAAAGCAACUGGAAGAGUCCCCAGUAGGCCAUUCUACUAAACCAGUAGUCAUCACCUGUUCUAAACCUUUCAGUAAAAUAUCAGAUAUUAACCCUGAAAAGGGAAUAAAACCUGAAACAGAAAAAGUUUCCUCAAAAAAUAUCAUUGUGGCCAAAUAUUACCCAGUGGAAACACAGUCAGAAAAAACAGAGGAAACUUAUUCAAGCAUCUUCAGUUGCAGAAAAAGUAUAUCAAAUAUGGUACCUCUUGGUGUUCAUUAUAGGAUAAGAAAUAACACUACCAAUAGCAAAUCAAUGGAUCAGACCAAAUCCUCUGAUUGUUACAGUGCACCAGUUACUACAAUAUUAUCAAAAAAUAGUAGCACCACUGAAAAAGAACCUAUUCCUGGUUCAGUGCAAAAUGUAAUUAUUAGAGAAAUCCCUCUUAUAUUGAAUCAAAAGAAGGGACAGAACGAUCAAGCUAGUUCUACCUUUUUCCUUAGAUCAUCUGAAGUUCCCUCAUCUUCCAUUACAUUCAUCCCCUUUGUAAAGUCAACUAUGGAACAUCCUUUUAACAGUGGAUCAUCAGCAUCACUUAGUACACUUACAGUUAAUCAUAUGUUUUCAAAAAAAGAUGAGAAACAUGGUGAUGCAUGUUUAAAGAAUGAACCAGAGUCUACUAUCAAUGAUGACAACCUGUACAAUGUUUUUGGGCCAAAGAAAAAGUUUAAACCCGUCAUUCAGAAGCCACUUCCAAAAGAUAAAUCACUGCAUCGUACUUUAAUGGAAGCCAUUCAGACUGCAGGAGGAAGAGAAAAGCUUCGAAAGAUUUCACAUGGCAUAGGAAGUGGCACUCAGAAGAAGCCAUCAUUCACAGAACCAGAGAAUGAGCAUUCCGCCCUUCUGGCAGCUAUCAGAGGUCACAAUGGAAGCUCAGGGUUGAGAAAGAUCUGCUCAUUUGCUUCAGAGGAGUUGCAGCAUUUCAAAAAUGCAGAAAUAGCAUUGCAAAACAAAAACACCACUAGAACAGAGCAACAGUGUGAUCAAUUGCUACUUCCUCCACCACAACCUCCUUCCCAGUUGACAAAGAAAAUUCCCAGGUCCUUUACAAAUAAAAUAACAAAAAACACAGAGAAUCCAAGGCAAGCCUUAAUGGAAGCAAUACGUUCAGGCGCUGGGGCAGCACAUUUAAGAAAGGUUCCUCUGCUUGUUUGAAUGCUAGAUGCUCAAGCUACACAUUUCUUAUGCAAUACCAUAAAUAUCAUUAUUGGCUGGAAUACAAAUUCAUGGGGAAACAACUCCAAGAUGUAGAGGCCAAAAAUAAGUUGCAUUUGUGAGUAACUAUAUUUUUGUUAAAAAUGGUUCACAAGUUGCUACAUGGAUUCUGUGAUUUGUAGGAUUUACCUGCGUCCAAAUAUUUAAAACUGUGCCAAUAAAACUAUUUUUCCGGAAAA